AUGACACACUGUCUCGACCGUGGCGAGGCCAAGGCAGAUGGGCAUCUUGGUUCCGGUCAUGGAUGUCCACGAUCCCGUGUCCGAUGCAAAGUCCCGCACAAAGGCGAGCGCUGUCCCAAGCUCUACAUGACGAGGAAUCAUUGGAAGAAGGGUCGGUAUGGCAAGGCGCCAACCCUCGAGGACCGUCUGAACAGUCUUCGAGUGCAGCCGAACGAAAAAGAUGAAGCUGAAUUGAUUCUUCGUGGGUACACGAUUUUCGAACACAUGCACAAGCGAGGCGGUUCUUCGCUCAAGCGACCUUUGGACGACGAAAGUGCCUUUACAGAAUCUCAAAAGAGAUUGAAGCUGACCAAUCUUGCGCUUUUGAAGGAGUUGCGACAGGCUGCCGCGGAACAACGCAGUAGGCUGAAGCAUGUAUUUGACGAGCGCGCUUUGCUCCAGAAGGAUAAAGCGGAAGCUCGGGAGAAGCAGGUAAAGGCCGAUGCCGCAUACGCAGACGCCUUGGCCGUGAGCAACUGA